UGAAACCGGAGGCUGACCAGGCCGCUAUGGCGGAUGCUCCGUGGGCCGAGAUUCGUGAGAAAUUCCAGACUGCGCUGGCCUUAUCACGGGUGGAACUGCAUAAAAACCCGGAGAAGGAACCGUACAAGUCGAAAUACAGUGCCCGGGCGUUGCUGGAAGAGGUUAAGGCGCUAUUGGGACCCGCUCCUGAAGACGAGGAUGAGCGACCGCAGGCCGAUGAUAGCUUGGGCGCAGGGGAACACGCCUUGGGGCUGCCGGCUGAAUUGGUGGAGGCCGAGGGGCCCGUCGCCCAGGGGGCAGUGAGGCGAGCGGUUAUUGAGUUCCAUCUUGGGGUGAACCACAUUGACACCGAGGAGUUGUCGGCGGGGGAGGAGCAUCUGGUAAAAUGCCUGCGGCUACUGCGCAAGUACCGACUGUCGCACGACUGCGUCUCCCUCUACAUCCAGGCGCAGAAUAACCUGGGUAUCUUGUGGUCUGAAAGAGAAGAAAUUGAAACUGCACAAGCUUAUCUAGAAUCAUCAGAAGCUCUAUAUAAUCAGUAUAUGAAAGAGCUUUUUGAGUUUAUCAUUGACAUACAACGUCAGUUGAAG